UAGCUGUCUGUUCAGUGUAAAUACAAUUUAAUACCCUAAAUAAUUGAUAAAGCCCCAAGCUUUUGAGAGCCUUUUAGCAGCCCAUAGUUCCCUCUCCCUCACUCAUGUGUAAUGCUGUGGUACAGUGUGAAUUGAGUGAAUGCGGCUCUCUGAUUGGUCGCAGCUAUUGCCUGGCAACGACAACUGAAGUCCAGUCAGAUGCUCAGCCAGAAAGAUCCAAAGAGCAGACACUGGAUCACAUUAUCCAUACGUGUGUAACUGGAGCGUCAGGGUGUGCGGGUUUGAUUUCAUGUCUUUGUGCAUCUGACUGGAAAGCACAGGAGUGUUUGCUGGAUAAUGCUGGGAAGUUGGCCGGGUUUAGGAAGUAGCCAAGUAUCACAUCCCUGUCGGACUACACUCCACAAACUCUUACCAGGAAAUACAGGCAGUGCAUGGCAGGGCUUCUCGCCCCGCCGUAUGGAGUGAUGGACAGUGGGGCUGCAAAUGAUAGAAUGCCGGACAAAGAGAAUCUCAACAGCGACCCUCUCAAUUUUAUGUCAAAAAACCUGAAUAAGGUCCCAUCAGAGAAGAUUUUGAGGGCAGAAAAAGUCUUACGUAAUGCUAUACUGGCCAGAGCUCCCCACAUGAUCAGAGAUAGAAAAUAUCAUCUGAAAACCUACAGGCAGUGUUGUGUGGGCACUGAGCUGGUCGAUUGGCUGCUUCAGCAGAGCUCGUGUGUUCACAGUCGGGCUCACGCUGUGGGAAUGUGGCAGGUGCUGCUGGAGGAAGGGGUCCUGAAUCACGUCGACCAUGAGCUCAACUUUCAAGAUAAGUACCUCUUUUACCGCUUCCUUGAUGACGAGGAGGAAGAUGCGGUGUUGCCUAGCGACGAUGACAAACGUGAAGCUGAGGAAGAGCUGCAGGAGACCCUCCUCAUCCUUUCCCAGAUCGGCCCUGACGCACUAAUGCGAAUGAUCCUCAGGAAACCGCCAGGUCAAAGAACAGCUGAAGACCUGGAGAUUAUUUAUGAUGAGCUGCUGCAUAUCAAAGCUCUCUCUCAUCUAUCUAACACUGUGAAGAGAGAGCUCGCCGGUGUCCUCAUCUUUGAGUCACAUGCCAAAGCAGGCACUGUCUUGUUUAAUCAAGGGGAGGAAGGCACUUCUUGGUAUAUUAUCCAGAAGGGAUCAGUAAAUGUUGUUAUCUAUGGCAAGGGUGUGGUGUGUACGCUGCAUGAAGGAGAUGAUUUUGGCAAACUGGCCUUGGUGAACGACGCCCCUCGCGCUGCUUCCAUCAUACUCAGAGAGGACAACUGCCACUUCCUGAGAGUGGACAAAGAGGACUUCAACCGGAUACUCAGGGAUGUUGAAGCAAACACUGUGCGUCUAAAAGAGCAUGACCAGGAUGUUCUGGUACUACAGAAGAGUCUCCGGCCCUCCAGCCAUGGAAACAUCCCAGCCCACUUCAAAUACACUGUGAUGUCAGGCAGCCCAGAGAAGAUUCUGGAGCAUCUGCUGGAGACGAUGCGACUGGACAUUCAUUUCUCUGACCCAGACCCAGCUCUGGAUGAUUUUGUGCUCAUGCACUGCGUCUUCAUGCCCAUCAGCCAGCUGUGCCCUGCCCUUCUGGCCCACUACCACUCUCAGGCCUCUCAGGGCUCAGAGCAGGAGCGUCUAGACUACUCUGUUGCCAGCAAGAGACGGGUGCUCAGCUUGGCUCUGCGCUGGGCUACCCUGCAGGGCCACCAUCUGCUGGAGGAUGACACUGCGCUCAGCUUUCUGGAGGAGCUGCACGGGUUCGUAUCUAAUGAUGCAAGAGUUUUGCGUCCAGUGAAGGAGCUACUGCCUGAGCUGGAGAGGAUCAUGAAACAGUAUCCAGAUGAUGCACGAACCUCUCAAAAAAAGCAUAAAGUCCUCCUGCGACAGUUCAGCUCUGGAGAGGAGAGGCUUGCAAAAAAGCAGCCAAUAAGGAGCUUUGAUGACAUUCUCUUGAAGGUGUACUGCAGCGAUCACACUUACACCACUCUUCGUGUUCCUGUGCUGGCCACAGGGAGAGAAGUGACCGCAGCUGUAGCAGAUAAACUGGGAUCCACUGAAGAGCUGCUUUUGAUAAACCUCAGCGCAUCUGGAGAGAAGCAGAUUUUAAAGCCCAAUGAUGUAUCAGUGUUCCAGUCGCUAGGAGUGAACGGACGAUUGUUUGCCUGCUCCAGAGAACAGCUUGAUUCACUGAAUCCGCUUGCAGAGCAGGAAGGUCCCUCCACUGGCUCUAUGUCCAGUUUUGAGCUGAUGAGCUCUAAAGAUCUGGCCUUCCAGAUGACCCAAUAUGAUUGGGAGCUUUUCAGCUGUGUACAUGAGUAUGAGCUGGUCUAUCAUACGUUUGGACGGCAGGCGUACAGACGCUCUACACCAAAUCUGGAGCUGUUUCUGAAGCGCUUUAAUCAAGUGCAGCUGUGGGUGGUCACAGAGGUCUGUCUGUGCGGGACGCUCAGCAAACGGGUACAGCUACUCAAGAAGUUCAUCAAGAUUGCCGCCCACUGUAGAGAGUUUAAGAAUCUAAACUCUUUCUUCGCCAUUAUUAUGGGCAUGUGCAACCCAGCCGUCAGCAGACUCAGCCAGACAUGGGAGAAACUGCCUAGUAAAUUCAAGAAGUUCUACGCAGAGUUUGAGAGUUUACUAGAUCCAUCCAGGAAUCACCGUGCAUACCGCCUCACUGUGGCUAAGAUGGAGCCGCCAAUCAUUCCCUUUAUGCCCCUCCUCAUUAAAGACAUGACAUUCACUCAUGAGGGGAAUAAAACUUUUAUUGAUGGACUGGUGAACUUUGAGAAGAUGCGGCUGAUCGCUAACACAAUCCGGGCGGUGAGGCACUGCAGGAGCCAGCUGUUCAAUGCUGAGGUGUCUCCGGCUAGCAAGAACCCACAGGAAGUGAGGAAUUACGUGCGUCAAUUGAAUGUGAUUGACAACCAGAGAACCUUAUCCCAGCUGUCCUUCAGACUGGAGCCGAGGCGGAGCUAAAAACCAAUGCUCAGACUUUUUCUCUUGCUUUUCCCUCUCUCUUUCUCUUUGAAAUACAACCACUGUAUAUCCAGUUUACAACACUACAACUCAAUUUCACAUCUAUCAGCUGCUAGAGAAGCUGAAUGCUGACUGUAUGUGCUAUCACUGCCAACUGAACUACAUGUGCAAGAUGCAUUCUCAUAUGUAUGAUUGUUUGUGUGCGUGUGUGUGAGUUGCAUGUUAAUGCCUUUAGUCAUAAAAGCUACCUUGGUUGACAGUGUGUGUGUGUGUGUUUG